CGCUCUGUGAAAGUGAAAAAGGCGUGAAUAAGGGCUUUCAUUCAUCAGGCCAAACACGAAGCCUGGUUUUAGCACUAAGUGUACCACAGCAUAAAAAAAGAUGUUAUUAUAGAUGUUCUCAGGUGUUCAGACUGUGUUUCUGUUGCUAGAAUGAUUUAAUUUCACCUUUUAAUUAGUAUGUUAUUAGUCAGAAGAUUCACAUGCACAGGAAGACAUCACUUGACUGAGAUGGCAGAGGUUGUUCAGAAUCACAUGCCAAAGCGUCCAGGAGUGGGUCUCGGCGUGCUCGUCACUGAUUCCUCCCACCCAGGAUGUGUGCUUCUGGGAAAGAGAAAAUGCUUGGUUGGAAAAGGGAUGUAUCAGUUACCUGGAGGUCACAUUGAAUUCGGCGAGACAUGGGAGGAGUGUGCACAGAGAGAGGUGAUGGAGGAGGCCGGUAUUCGGUUAAAGAACCUCCGGUUUGCCUCCGUAGUGAACUCCAUCAAGCUUGAAGAAAACUAUCACUACAUUACACUCUUCAUGCAAGGAGAAGUGGAUAAGGACUUCAUAACAUCCGAGCCAGUUGGUCAUGGAGAGCCUGGGACGACCUUCCCCCUGAGGAGCAGCUUUUCUUACCACUGGCCAAUCUGAGACAGCAGGGUUUCCAGCCAUUCAGGAAGAUUUAAUGCAAUCGAGGAACUGUUUCGACUUUCCUGUGUGAAGAACUCAGAAUAAACUCUCCAUCCAGUUGCUCUACUCUUAGAACUGACAUGAAACGAGUACCACAAAUAUGGCUUUGAGCUACAGCAAUGGCACAGUGUUUAAUGUGUUAGUAAUAUUAAACAUAUUUAUAAUUUAACUACAGAAGCAUCAUUUUUUGGAGUGUCCCUUGUAUUUAUAGCAGUAUGCUUACUACUCAUGCUAGCGUGACUGAUUCAUAUAUUAGAUUUACACUUACUUUAGGAAUUACUUUAGUGUGAAGCAGAUCCAUCCAUUUGGAGCUGUUAAAUCCACCUAAAUAUUCUUUUAAAAGUGGAGUUUUAAAGCCUUUAAAGGAAAUUAAUGCAAGUGUGCAGACUGGACAGAGGAAGAAAAUCAUCCUUUUGAAAAGUCAUCGUUUGAGAAAAAUCGUUGAGCCGAAAAUCUCAAAAUCUUGAAAAAGCUAAGUACUGAACAGAUGACAUUCAAAAGUUAUUGCGUCAUAAGAUAUAACAGCCAAUCAGGUUUCAGUAUGCAAACACAUAGCUGUACCAGCGAAAGGAAUGGAGAUUUAACAGAUUGCAAUUACAUUAUAGGGCAAAUUAAAGGAAAACUCCACCCUGAACAUCUUGCAUGUUAAUCUUUAUAAUUAAAACAUGAUUCAAUGGCAUCCAAGAUUUACUUUAUCCUGAAAUUCUGAGUGGACAUUUUUAGUUUACACUUCUUUCAUCAACAUGUUGGUGUGUUUUCACUUUGGGGAAUGGUUUCCUGCAUUACUCACAACGCCGUUCGACUACCUGCUGAAAGUGCUGCAGUGGGAUUUAUGCUGCAUUCGAAUUAAAG